ACCACACCAUGGCUAAGAUAGCGGUAAUUGCUGCAGUGCUUCUGUUCUCCGCCUGCGUGGCACUUGCGCAGAGGGGCUCUGAGCGACCUCCAGACUCCGGAUUCAACAGACCAGGCAGCAAUCCUCAGGAUUCUGGCUUCAAUAGACCCGGCAACAACCCUACAUCCCCUGGUUUCAACAGCGGAUCCAACCGACCGGGUAACAAUCCCGGAAACGAUUUCAACAGGCCCGGAAACAGACCGGGAGAUUCUCGCUUCGACCGACCUGGCUCUAAUCCCGUCAAGCCCGUGGGCCCCGGUAACAACAGGCCUGGUGACAGUCGCUCAACUCCCGGGUACAACAGCGGCACCAGACGACCUAUUGGACUCUGAUGAACU